UGGCCACACGCAAGUGACGUAUGUUCAUGCCGUUCUAUAUUAAUUUUUAUGUUAGGUUAAUUAUUAUUAAAGAAAAGAAAAAACAGUUUAUAAUUAAAACGUAAAAUGUGCCAAGAACUUAAUUGGGACUUUAAAUACGGCGAACUCGCCAAAGACAAAGAUUUCGUGAACAAUGUUGAAAAUUUGAAAGAGAAUUUAAUAGAAGUACAACAAGUACUCGAUAAACUCCUUCCGUUGAAGAAAAAUUACGACAAAAUGUCACUACCAGCUCAGAUUGAACUAGAUUUGUUUUUUGUAUACACUUUAAAUUCACUACAUUGGAUACAUUUACGAACAAAAGGCAUCGAUCCCACAAAACAUCCCAUCAAAGAUGAACUGCUCAGAAUAAAAGCUACAAUGUUAAAGUGGCAGGAAGUGAAGGAUCGCCAGAAAAGACCCACCGUUAACGUUGAAGUGGCGAAACGUUUAGUACGGAAUGGUCUGUACGACCAUCAGAGGGCUCCCGUGAAACAACUAAACAAACGAAUAAAAUUUUCAGAUAACGAAGAGUAAUUCGUUGAAAGAAUUAAUUAUCUGUAAUUUUUAACUAUUUUGGUAUUUUUAAGGAAAAUUGUUGAAUUUUAUAUGUUACACCUACAUGAUUGAUUGGUGACUAAGGGCUCUUUUUAAAAUUCUCAGUCAGGGUCAGUUAAGAUUUACGAAAUUAGUAGUUUUGAAUCAGUUGUGGUGUCUUAAUGAAGAUCAUGUGAUGUUUCUUAUUGUUAUUCAUAUUUUCAUUGCCUAGAUAACUGGAAGAGCUCAUGACUCAGUAUGGAUUUAAAUGGUUACUAGAGCUCAAAGCAUCCACCUUGCCACAUGAGUUCUAAGUCUGUUUUAUAGUAUAAUGUCAAAUAUCCACAAUUGUGUGAUACUAUUAUAGGUACUGUAUUAAUAAAAUAGCGAAAGAGACGAUUUCACCUAUUCAAUAAUUUAUAGUGGCUGGUUGGUUAUGAAAGAAGAGAUACACAUACAUAUAUCUCUUUUUUCCAAAAUUCUUAAAAUGCAAUGAAUUCAAUAGGUACCAAUGAAGUCUAAUACUAAAGGAUAAGACGCCUUGUGCAUUCAAAUUGAGUAGUGUGACUGUGCUGGUAUUUGAAUCCUAACAAUUUUUGUAAUGAAAUACAUACUGAACAAAUGUUGAUGAGUGAUUUGCACUUCCAUGGUGAAGGAAUAACUUAGUCUAAUACAAAUCGAAA